AUGGCAAGAUCAAUCAUACCUACAUUAAAUAAACUUAAUCAAAAUGCUGGGAAAUUAGCAACAAGAUCAUUUAGUUCCCUUUCAAGACAACAACAACAACGUCCUUAUUUAAACCGUAAAAAAAUCCAAUCAAAAAGAUUAUUCCAUUCAUCAACUCCAAAAUUAGCUGUAAAAGAUCCUUAUGGAACAUUAGGUGUUGAUAAAAAUGCAUCAUCAUCAGAAAUUAAGAAAGCUUAUUAUAAAUUAGCUAAAAAAUUUCAUCCAGAUAUUAAUAAAGAAGAUGAUGCACAAAAAAAAUUUCAUGAUAUUCAAGGUGCUUAUGAAAUUUUAUCAGAUGCUGAAAAAAAACAACAAUAUGAUCAAUUUGGUGCUAGUGCAUUUGAUCAAAAUGGGAAUAGUGCAUAUGGUGGUGGUAAUCCAUUCGGUGGUGCAGGAGGAUUCGGUGGUGGUAACCCAUUUGGUGGUGCAGGAGGAUUUGGUGGUAUAAAUUUUGAAGAUUUAUUUGGUUCAGCAUUUGGUGGAGCUGGACGUGGUAGAGGUCGUGGUGGAGCAGGUUCAUCAUUUGUUACUGAAUAUAGAGGUGAUGAUAUUGAAAUUUUAAAAUAUUUAACAUUUAAAGAAGCUAUAUUUGGUGUUAAAAAUUCUAAAGUUAAUUAUAGUGUCUUGGAUAAUUGUUCAAGUUGUAAAGGUUCUGGAUUGAAAAAAGAUAAGAAAAAAUCAACUUGUUCUUCAUGUGGUGGUACUGGUUCCACAGUUCAUUAUAUGCAAGGUGGAUUCCAAAUGGCUUCAACUUGUAUGAGUUGUGAAGGUUCAGGUGUUUCAAUUAAUCCAAAAGAUGCAUGUAAUACAUGUCAUGGUGAUGGUGUUUCACAAGCUACCAAAUCUACAGAAGUUGAUUUACCACCAGGAUUAAUUGAUGGUAUGAGAUUAAGAGUUAGUGGAGAAGGUGAUGCACCAAAAAUUACUACAGGACCAGGAAUUCGUACAACAAAAGGUGAUUUAAUUAUUAGAAUGAAAGUUAAACCUGAUUCAAGAUUUCAAUUGUCAGGUUCUGAUAUCAUUGUUAAAACUCAAAUCCCAUAUACAACUGCUGCAUUAGGUGGUCAAGUUGAAAUUCCAACAGUUGAUGGACCAAUAGUUAGAUUAAAAGUUCCAUCAGGUACCGAAACUGGUUCAAUUUUAUCAAUUCAUGGUAAAGGUGUUCCAAUUAGAAAUAAUAUUAAUAAUCGUGGUGAUUUGAAAGUUCAAUUUAAUGUUAAAGUAUUGAGACCUGAUGGAGCUGCACAAACUGCAUUGUUAGAAGCAUUAGCAGAUUCAAUUGGUGAUACCACAGCAAAACGUACAAAUUUAUGGAAAAACACAUCAGAAGAAUCUAAUGAUGCUAGUUCAAAACAAGAAAAUGAUCAUCCAUCAAAUUUGAAAAAAAUUGAAAAUUUUAUAAGUGAUGCCUUUAAACGUAUUACACAUAAAAAAGAUGAAAAAUAA